UGUCAAUUGUCACUCUUGUCUUGUGCUCUAAAGUAUUUAACCUUGGACUUUGAUUUUAAUCUUCGCCUUUUUUAAUGAAAAAAAGUACCAAAUAUUGAAAUAUUUAUUCCAUUGCUAACAGUAUAAUGGAGCGAUAAUCUUUGAUACAAUUUGGUAUAUUCGUUUUGAAAUACCUCAAAUUCAGGUCGACUCUUUUGUGUACCUAUAUGUGGUAUUGUGAUUUGUAUGUUUUUAAUGUACUACGUUUCAACGCUUUUUUAACGUUAAAUUCGUCAAAAUAUAUUAAUACAUCAAUUCUCAAGCCUGUGAUAUAGAAAUACAAAUAAUAAAAUGCCUUCCAAACAAAGAAAAAUUGCUGUAAUGGGAUACAGGUCAGUUGGUAAAUCGUCACUUAGUAUACAGUUUGUUGAAGGACAGUUUGUAGAUUCCUAUGACCCUACUAUCGAAAAUACAUUUACUAAAUCAACACGAAUAAAUUCACAAGAUUAUGAACUAAAAUUAGUAGAUACAGCAGGCCAAGAUGAAUAUUCCAUAUUUCCAUCCCAAUAUAGUAUAGAUGUACAUGGAUAUGUAUUGGUAUACAGUAUAACAAGUACAAAAUCGUUUAAUGUAGUAAAAUCAAUUUACGAAAAAUUAUUAGAUAUAACUGGAAAAGAACAUGUACCUGUUGUUUUGGUAGGAAAUAAAACUGAUUUGCAUUUAGAAAGGACAAUAACUACUGAGGAAGGUAAAAAGUUAGCAGAUGAAUGGAGAGCAAUAUUUCUAGAAACUUCUGCCAAACAGAAUGCAUCCGUAUCAGACAUCUUUCAUGUUCUAUUGAUGGAAAUUGAAAAAGCAGAUGGAAAUGUAAAUGAAAAAUCAAACUGUGCAGUUUGUUAAUGAUUGUAGAAAAACUAGUCUGAGUUUAUUAAAUGUUGAAUCAUUUAAGUGUCAUUGACCAUUUAUAUGAUAAGAGUACCUUGUCAUUUAAAAGUCUAUUUAAAUGCAUAUUAUUAUUUUUGUUUUGUUACCUAUAGAGUUUACUUAAAAUAUGGAGAAGCACAACCUUAUCAUAAGAUGGCCAAUGGAUAAUUUGUAAAGCCUUUUCUUCACAAAUAUAUGCGCAAAAAUUUUAUUGUACAUAAAGCUAAUUAAUUAUUUUUGUCCCAUAUAUAUAUAAAUGUAUUUACACUAGGUGUUUAUAAUUAGAUGUGUUUUAAAUACGUAAACUAAAUUAAAGCAAAUAAUUAUCUAAAAAUUACAAUUCGAAAUUAACAUUUAGGAAUUUAUUAAAAUAGAUUGAAAUUAUAUAAAUAAAUCAAGUCCUGGAACCACUGCUAAAAACUGGACACAGUGGAGGAAAAUAUAUAUGUGUGUAUUUUUUAUUUAUUUAGACUGUAUCUCCUAUAUAUUUUUUAAAUAAUAUAUAUUAGUGUAUAUAAAAACUACAUUAAUGGAAAUUAAUUUUUCAAAAUUAAGCCACUGAUUCUCUACUGGUUUUUGGUCUUCAUUCAAUUCAUAUAUAUCCGUUUACAUAUCAGUAGUAAUACAAAUUUGCUUUAUUCAAAGCAAUGUUUAGUUUAUACAAAGAUUUAAACACAUGCAAUUAAAAACACCAUUUAUCAGAGGCGGCUCAUGGCCUAGUUUACGAGGAGGCUACGAAGGCUACUUUUGAAAGCCACAAACUGUAUACUUAAUACAAAUUUAUAUUUCUAUUAGAAUACAAAAAAAAAUAUUACAUUGUAUUCUAAUAGAAAUAUAUAUUUGUAUUAAGUAAAUAGGGUGUGCCAGCCUCCUAGUAGACAAGGCCACGAGCCGUCACUGCCAUUUAUGUUAACUGAUUUUAGUAUGUAAAAAGUUAUGUGAUAAAUUUAUUUUACAAAAACCCCAGUAAAUAUGUUUGUCCUAUUUAUUGUUCGUUGUAUGUAUGUUAAUUAUUUGUUAAGUAGGAAAGUACUUCACAUUUACAGAAUUAAAAAAAUGUCAUUAGGCAAAUACAAAUUAAAUUUUACAUUUUUUUAAGAUGCUGAUUUGUGGUACGUAUUUUGUAUACUUAAAAAUUAUUAUUUUUUAAGAAUGAAAUACAUUUAAAUCGAAAUUUGUGAAAGAAGGUUGACUAAUUUUAAUGAGCUAUGAAAAAAUACAUGUUUGUUAGUACUUUUAACUUUCAUAUUACGAUACUGAAAUAUGAAAUAACUAACAAACAUGUAUUUUUUCAUAGCUCAUUAAAAUUAGUCAACCUUUCAAUAAUACCCUAUAUAUUUGAAAACAUAUUGUUUUAUUAUUUCGGUUUAAAAUUAUUUUUCAAUUUGGAUUUUCUUAUUAAAAAGUAUAGUCUGUAUAUAUCAAUAUUUUAAAGACAGUUCUAUACAAUAUUUCUACACUUAUAUUUAUACAUUUUUCUACAAAUAGAUUAUGAGUGUUGGAUUUUUAUAUUUAAUUAUGUUUACGUUAAGGAUAAAAAGACAGGCGUUUCUUCUGUUCUGCAAAUAAAAAUUUUAGAUAUUCAAGUGAGCGGGUUCUACUCUGUUAAGUGUAUGCACUUUUCUAAGAUGUAAACUACAGAGUUUAUAAUAUCAUUGUAUAUUUAACCCUACUUUAUACUGCGAGGCAAAAGAAAUUAAAAAAUAUGUUAAUUUUCAUCCAUAAUUUAUUGUUGUUGGUAAACUUUUUAAAUAGUUUAAAAAGACUUUGCCUUGAAGCACAAUCUGCAUAUCUUCUUAUUGUUGUAAGUAAUAUCAUUAAUAUCAAUUGCGAUCAAGUUGCACGUACCCCUUUCUAUUUUAUCUAAAAAAUACAAAUUGUUUAAAAUGUAGAUUCCAUUGUGCCAUAAAUAACAAAGUAACAGAGUAGUAGUGUAUUUUUUAUUUAUAUUCUGUUAUUAAAUGCAGUUUUUGAUUCGGAGAAAUUAGCCUUAAAAUGAAGUGUAUGUUUUCCAAGCAUACAAGAGAAAAUAUAAAAAAACAUUGCACUUCGGUUUUUAUUGGAAAUUAAUUUCAAUAUUGUCGUUUUAAAUAUCCUCUUUGAUUUGCGAAUUUUUAUUCGAACAGCUCUAAUUUUUGAUCAUUUUGAUCAAAAGUAAAAUAUGUACUAUUAGUAUAUCAGGUAACUAAAUAAGUUCGUGCCGUUUUUAUGAUAAAUAAUAAAAAUUUAUUACAUAUACAUAAUACACCAUUAUUCCUUGAAGUAAAUUAUUAUCGUCACACUCAGAGGAGCUCUUGGAAAGUAGUCCCAAUUUUUGUAUGCAGCUUUUACAUUCUACAUUACAUAACUGGUUUUGAUCUGCCUGUCUUAUACAGUUGUAAAGAGACAAAAAAUGAUGGUAAUCACUUAGCCAAAUGCCAGGAGAAUAAGGAUGGUGGGGUACAGUUACCCAGCAAGUUUAUAAUUUUUUUCCCGAGCCACUUUUGAACAAUGCUACGGUGGUCUGGGGAAAAAAUACUGGAAUAGUGAUACCAGAAACAAUUCUGAACUUGUAUGAGAAACGCCUUAUUUUCCCAAACGAUUACUAUCUUUUUUGU